AUGGAAUUGAAAAGAUUUAGCACUCAGUAUAAGAAACGGCAAUGUUCUCAAUGUCAGGGGGACACAGAAUUCUACUGUAACACGUGUAAACAUGACCUGUGUCUACAGUGUAAAGAGAGGCAUGUUACCAACUCCCAUAAAGUGGUGUUUUAUAGAACAAAGCAUAGCAAAAGAGGUUAUACAAUACAGUGUAAAGUACGACAGUGCUCUGAAUGUAAGGGGAACACGGAAUACUUCUGUAACACUUGUAAACAAGACCUGUGUCUACAGUGUAAAGAGAGACAUGUCAUUAAUCCGAACAUCGAACAUCAUGAUCUUGUGUUGUACCGUGAAAAAUACAAAAGCCUAACAAAGCAAGAAAGGUGUGAGAGACAUCCAGACAAAUUAUAUGAUAGAUACUGUCUUUCUUGUGAAGUCCCUGUCUGUGUUCAAUGCACAGAAUACAGAGAUAUCAGAAUGUUACCUUUUUUAUUCCUGUUGAAUAAACACAGAACACACGAAAUGCUGGACCUCAGACCAGCUUAUGAAACAAACCGUCGAAAAUACAGAGGAAUCAUCCGCAAAACGAGAAGUGACACUAUCUACAAUAGCUGUUUUCUUCUGUCAAAAAUAAAAACUGAUUUGAAAUUUUGUCACACCUGUAGCUUUCAAUCAGAUAUGUCCGUGAAAGCCCGUAGACUAAAGAAUCUCAUUGAUAGUUAUGUGAAAAGCAGGCUGAAAAGUUUAAUGAUUCAAACAUCACAAAUUUAUGAACAACAAAUUUGUAAAUUGAACAGACACGUAUCUAGAACAGAAAACUAUGUAUACAGAUUUGAACAGUCAGUAAACAAACCUAUAAAAUUUCUCUCAUUUCUUAAGAAAAUCACGGUCCCAAAGAUGAAAGAGAGUCCUUUUCUUACACAAUAUAUUAUAGUCCCUCUGAUUGAGGAAAUAAACAGGAAAGAUGUGAUUAAAUCAUUGUGUGAAAUCCAUAUAAAAACAGCAAAAAGAAAAAAAGGGAUUGAUUCUGUGUUGAAGCUGAUGUUUACACCAGUAUUGCAUACAUUUAUGAUAGUGACAAGUGUUGAUGAUAUAAGACACAUUUCCCGUGAAUCGCCAGACCGAUUCUGGAUCAGUGAUAAGAAAAAUAUCGUCCUUACAAACACAGAAGGUGAUGAACUGUAUCGCCUAUUGGAUAAAGGUAGUUUUUAUGGAGGGCACACAGUGGACAUUACACGUCGUCUUAUUUAUGUAAACAUUGAUUUUAACAUAAUCAAACUAUCAAAAGAAACAACGGCUAUACUAAUUCAAAAAAUAGAAAAUUGGAUACCACUGUGUGUCUUCUGCUCCCAUUCCAAUGGAGACCUUCUGGUUGGUAUGCGGGGUUUUCAACAAACCGGUAAGGUAUGUCGUUAUAGUUACGACGGAAAACUCAUACAGACCAUACAACACGACAAAAAAGGUCAGGCAAUGUCUGGAGAUCCUAACUACAUCACAGAGAACCGCAAUGGAGAUGUUGUUGUGUCUGUCUGGCCCUAUGCUUUAGUGGUGACAAAUCGUGAAGGGAGAUAUCGCUUCUCCUACAGAGGACACCCUUCAUCGUCAGGAAUAUCACCACAAGGAAUUUGUACAGGCGCAAUGUCAAACAUUCUUGUGUGUGAUGCUCUUACCGACGCAGUACAUAUAAUUGAUCAAAAUGGCCACUUUUUGUCGUUGAUACAGACUCAGCAGUUAGGAAUAAACUCACCAUGGAGCCUGAGUUAUGACGAUAAAACUCAUCUUCUCUGG